GGCAUUAAUGUUUUAUUAUGUAAUCCUGUACCAAAGGAAGUGGUCACAGUGUCAGGCUGGAGCGGGACAAUAUCAUGACGAUCUUCUCUUUAAAAGGAAACAAAUGUUUCACCAUCAUUUUCCUUCUGCUCGUGGCUUUCUUACUCUAUGCACUUCAUAGAACGGACUUCCAGCCCUUCAAGUUUCAGAGCUCCACCAUCAUCUACCCAAAAGCUAGAACUGAACUUCCCAAAGUCAGCAGGAUCUGCAACUUCCCACCAUUGUCCCCUAAGGAUGCUCUGGAGGAACGCCUGCUACUAGAAUCUGUUGCUUGGCCUGAAACUUCUGAAUUACCAUCUCCUCUUUCCCUGGAGCUGACCAGUCAUCCAGCUCACAGCUCUUUCAACAUUCUCCCAGCGAGAGGAGGACGACAGUGGCACGUAGGGGAUCAGCUGGAAGUCAGCAUCGUCAUCUCUGACUUCAAGGGACAACCCAAGAAGUUUGGGGGGGACGUUUUAUUAGCCCGGCUGCACAACCUAACGCUUGGUGCAGGUGUAGCUGGGCGAGUGGUGGACCAUCUCAAUGGGAGCUACUCUGCUGUCUUUCCUUUACUCUGGGAAGGAGCAGCUCAGGUUGAGGUGACGCUAGUUCAUCCCAGUGAAGCUAUCACAGUGCUGAACAGGUUAAAUCGUGAACAACCUGAUAGGAUAUUCUACAAAAGCCUCUUUCGCUCAGGCUCACGCUCUCAAACCACCACCUGUAACAUCUGCCUGCGUGAAACCAAGCAGCCAAUCUGUGACUUCACCGACCCUCGAACCGGCGAUCCUUGGUUCUGCUACAAGCCAAAGAACAUGAGCUGUGAUACAAGGAUUACCCACAGCAUGGGAGGAUACAAACAAAACCUCAAGGCCAAGGAGGAUAAGCUCUUUCAAGGGUAAGGAAGCAAAGAGACUGGUCAUUUGUGUGACUUCUCAUAAAUAUUAUGUGUUACCUAUUUAUCUCCUUGGCUGGAAGUUUCAGAAGUUUGUCAGUACAGGCAGUUUAGAUUAAAAGAUAAUACAAAUGUAACCACUCAAUCUGAAUCAUAGUUGGCCUUUAUUCAAAAAAUAAAUGUAUAGGAUAUAUAAAAACUAUUUUCAUGUGGAUCUUUUG